CUAGAGAAUAACAGUGGUAUUAUGGAGGUCCGAGUGUUGGCCUGGUUUGUUUGUUUGUCCGUGGUCAGUGGGUGUCUGGUGGACGAUAAGUACAAUAAAUUGACCCCUGAGGACCUGGUCUCGCAGCUACAAGUCAUUGUUUAUGGGGAGGUGAUUGAUUUUGUCCAGGGGGAUCCUCUCACUGACGCCACAUUCCGUGUGUUCUGUAUCAUCAAAGGCAACACGACUAUCCUGGAAAACAUAACGGUAGAGGGCGUGAGUCCGCGGUCCGCCUGCUCGGGGACCUACGUCUACUGGGUCAAGAUAACGUCAAACUUUGAGAAAACUGGCGCCGUUAUGAUUCUCGGACUCCGGGAAACUAAAGGGCCGGGGCUUUACGAAUUCCAUGAGAUCAAUGAUCUUCAAUCCUCGGCCUUUGACGAUAAUUCAGAGUCGUGGAAAUUAAUCAACAGUGUUGUGAAGACAGAAAUGUUUCCUCCCAUCAACUCGGCAGUAAAUAAGUGUCCGGAGAAAUCUGACCAGAGGGGUCCAGAGCCGGACAAGAAUCCAGUGGCCAGCGAACAGGGAGGGAAUAGCAGUGUGAGAACCAGACUGGACAUCAAGACGGUCUGGACAAUGGUCAUCCUGGGAACGUUACUGUGGUCACGUGACCUAUGACUUAGGAGAGACCUGUGAAUGGAUGAAUGUCUUAAUGAGUGGAGUGUGAUUUGAAUAAAGAGAAAGUAACAUCGAUAUUAAUAUUUUUAUGGCCGUUGUGAGAUCGUUAAAAUUCUAUGUUCUUUGUAUGGUAAUAAAUUAUAUAUUAUACCAAUGGUUUGUUUCAGAUAAUGUUUGACAGCGUAUGUUCUGUUGCUUCUAUUGUUUGUGUUUUAUCAUUUGUGUAUCAGUGUUCGGAACUUUCAUUCUAUUCUCUAUAAACUCUGAACGGUGUGAAAGUGCAUCACGUUCGGAAAACACUGUGAAAAUUCUGAAAGAAUAUUUUUACUUAAAAUUUAAUGCAUACAAUUCUGGAAAUACGAAAAGCCAGCAUACUUAUUAAAAUCUCUUAACGCAUUUUACAAACACUUAGUUCUAAAAAGUUUAUUCAAUACGUAGGCGGCGACAGAAAUUGUUAGUGUGUUUUAUGUUUUAUGUCAGAAACAGACGUGUGAUAUUAAUGGUUUCAUAGUGUGUAUAACCAGUUUGUUAACAUAUAAAGUAUGACAUUGUUCUCUCUCUCUCUCUCUCUCUCUCUCUCUCUCUCUCUCUCUCUCUCUCUCUCUCUCUCUCUCUCUCUCUCAAAACACAAAAAAGUGAAUGCAUUGUGAUUUGAGACUGUUCACGCAAAUUAAAUGUUUAUAAUAACUAUCACUUAUCUGUUGAAAAGUACUCAUCAUGAAAAUAAAUUUUUGACAUUUUG